AUGAAAGAAAAAUCCAAGAAUGCCGCCCGGACGCGACGGGAAAAGGAAAAUAGUGAAUUCUAUGAGCUGGCUAAACUGUUGCCAUUGCCGUCUGCUAUCACGUCUCAGCUCGAUAAAGCUUCCAUUAUUCGACUUACAACAAGCUACUUGAAAAUGAGAAUUGUUUUCCCAGAAGGCCUUGGGGAAUCAUGGGGUCAUGUCAGCCGUGCCAGCUCUUUGGAUAAUGUUGGACGAGAGCUGGGAUCGCAUCUACUUCAGACGCUGGAUGGGUUCAUAUUUGUGGUGGCCCCUGACGGGAAAAUUAUGUACAUUUCCGAGACCGCAUCGGUCCAUCUGGGCCUGUCGCAGGUAGAGCUGACGGGUAAUAGCAUUUACGAAUAUAUACACCCCGCGGACCAUGACGAAAUGACCGCUGUGCUGACGGCCCACCAGCCGUACCAUUCGCACUUUGUUCAAGAAUACGAGAUCGAACGCUCUUUCUUUCUGAGAAUGAAGUGUGUCUUGGCAAAACGAAAUGCUGGCCUGACCUGCGGCGGAUACAAGGUGAUCCAUUGUAGCGGCUACCUGAAGAUCAGGCAGUAUAGCCUAGACAUGUCUCCGUUUGACGGCUGCUACCAAAACGUGGGGCUGGUGGCGGUGGGCCACUCUCUCCCACCCAGCGCCGUGACAGAGAUCAAACUCCACAGCAACAUGUUCAUGUUCAGGGCCAGCCUCGACAUGAAGCUCAUCUUCCUGGACUCUAGGGUGGCAGAGCUGACAGGCUAUGAGCCUCAGGACCUCAUAGAGAAGACGUUGUAUCACCACGUCCACGGAUGUGACAUAUUCCACCUGCGGUGCGCUCACCACUUAUUGCUGGUGAAAGGUCAGGUGACCACCAAGUACUACCGCUUCCUGGCCAAGCAGGGCGGCUGGGUGUGGGUCCAGAGCUACGCCACCAUCGUGCACAACAGCCGCUCCUCGCGCCCGCACUGCAUCGUCAGCGUCAACUACGUGCUCACGGAUAAUGAGUAUAAAGGACUACAGCUGUCGUUAGACCAGGUGACGUUGGCCAAACCAGCGUUCCCCUACACCACCACCCCAAACCCACCGGCUGACAACCGCAGACCCACCAAGACCAGAGCCGCUCGCAACAAAGGCAAGACACGACUGUCUCCGUACUCACAGUACCCCGGCUUCCACACUGAGCGCUCGGAGUCUGACCAGGACAGCCCGUGGGGGGGCAGCCCACACACAGACUCGACGUCCCCCCAGCUCCUGGAGCCGAGCGAGGGCCUGGACACGUCCUGCGCCUACCGCCACUUCUCCUCGUCCGCCGAGGCGGCCGCCCUGCCCCGUCCGCUCUGCUACGGGCUGCCCGUCGCCGAGGACCACCACGGCGACGGCCACGGGCACGGGCACCUGGGCUCGUGCGAGCGCGGCGGGCGCUGCGAGGCCGGGCGCUACUUCCUGGGCACCCCGGGGCAGGCGGGCAGGGAGGCGUGGUGGGGCGCGGCGCGCUCGGUGCUGCCGCUGGCCAAGGUGUCGCCGGAGAACGGAGACGGCUGCGACGUCCUCAUGCCCCACAUCGCCUCCAUACACAGCCUGCACGGCCGCAGUCAGUGGGAGGAGGACAGCGUGGUCAGUUCGCCCGACGGCGGCUCGGCCAGCGACUCUGGCGAGCGCUACCGCGGCGAGCACCACUUCCGCUCGAGCCCCCAGGAGCCGAGCAAGAUGGAGACGCUGAUCCGCGCCACGCAGCAGAUGAUCAAGGAGGAGGAGAGCCGGCUGCAGCUCCGCAAGGGGCACGCGGGGGCAGACCCCCCCGCCCUCGCCCACGCCCACGCCAACGGCCUGCCCAAGGCCCACGCCGCCUGCUUCGCCUCGGACCUCUCCGCCCAGGGGACGCUGCACUGCCGCGUGCCCGCCGGGCACCAGCCGGCCGUCAGCCCGGCGCCCAGCCCCGUGCCCCUCUCCCGCCUGGGCAGCCCGGGCACCAAGCCCAAAGACUACCUGCAGCAGCAACAGCAGCAGCAGCAGCAGCAGCAGCAGACUGAGCUGUCGCCCCAGCACCACCCCCACCAACACCACCACCAGCAGCACCAACACCUCCAGCACCCGCAGCACCCCGCCUCCCAGCUGCCCUACCCGAGCUCGUGCGCCGCCUCGCCCACGCCCGCGCUGUACCCGUCGCACCCGCGGCCCGCCUACCUGGACAAGCACGCGGCGUACCAGCUGACGGGCUACGCGCUGGAGCAGCUGUACGAGGCGGACGCGCUAAGGGGCUACUGCGGCAGCGGCGGAGGGUCCUCGCCGUACGAGGUGGCGGCGCACCUGCGCAUGCCGGGCGCCGAGCAGACGCCGGGACACAAGGGCACCUCCGUCAUCAUCACCAACGGCAGCUGACGCCCGGUCUGAAGGGGGGACGUGGCGGGUGUUUGGCCGGCCAUCAUGGACAAGAAAAACAACAGCGAGAAAAAGAAAACACACAAACUUUUGAGGCUAUGCCAUGAACUCUCCACAGCAGCCUGCCCAACCUGUUUGUUUGUAUUUGUGGUUUUGUUUUUGUUUUUGUUUUUGUUUUUCUGAUGAUCUUUUUGGGAGACUUCACCCAGUGCAUCGUGGGGGAAAAAGUCCAGCGCCCGAGUAUGUAGCGACAAGCCUGUCCAGCCACUCUCUUCCUGUUCUGUUUGUUUGUUUUUGUUUUCUCUUUCAUUUUAUGUGAUGAUUUGAUGACAUGAGAUAGAGUUCACUUGAAAUGCACUUUUUAUUGCAGUGACAUGGGUAUGAUUUUAUCUCCUGUUCUUUGUUUAUUGUAUCACUACAGCACUCUCCCUCUGUGUUCAGCUCCAAUGACACAGAAUCGUCUUUAAAGCAACACAAUGUAGUUUCUUUUUACCUUGAAAUUGAUGACUUCAACUCGUUUCUGUGAUAUGCAGACUUGUGAGCAGAACUGCAUCUCUGUCGAUGCACCUAGGAUGCCUGGGGUGCCUCUCAUUCGUCUUUUAUACAUCCUCCCUUCCUCCCUCAGUCCUCACUCUCACUGAUCUAGAUAAAGAAUGAUGGGGCGGCAACAAUGGGACAGUCUAUCCAGUGUUAGUUACAUCGGUGGGAACGAGCCUGGAGGAACAAGGAUCGAGGAGAGAUGUUGAGAGGCACCCCUGGUAUUGCACUAUGUAGCUUCUCAUCAGUUCUCCAUGCGUUGGGUUCCCCCUUAGAGCUCGAUGGUUCCCCAGCGCAUGGAACAUGGGCGAGGAAGAAGGGGAACUCCUACAUUGUCUUACUUUAACCCAACG